AUGAUUAUCCCCAUCCGGUGCUUCUCCUGCGGCAAGGUGGUCGGCGAUCUCUGGGAGCGCUACCUCAAACUUCUAGACGACAACGUUCCCGAUGGCGACGCCAUGGAUCAGUUGGGCUGCAAGCGGUACUGCUGUCGGCGUAUGAUCAUGACACACGUGGACUUGAUUGAGAAGCUCCUCAAGUACACUCCGGACGGCCGUAGCGAGAAGAAGAUUGCUCUUGCCAACCAGUGA